AUGACCGGACAGCCUGCCGAUAUACAACUUGCGCUUAUCGCCUCCUUCAAGCUGGGGACGCCUAUCACAAUUCCUGGAUUAGAGGGUUUGGAGGUUGCAGUACGAAGUCUCACAGGUCUUGACACAUCUUGUCUCUAUGACAUCUAUCUUCGCGCUCAAGAGUUCACCGAGGCCCAGAGUGUUCCUGUGGAUGGAGGGUAUUCUUCAUGCUCCAUGAUGAUGAACCCAAUAGCAGCCGCGGGGUUCGUUGAGCAGAAGGUUACGAAGCUCGUCGUUGUUCUUCCACAUGUACAUCAUUUUCUCAUACAUGGUUCUUCCGGGCACAUCUCGAACACCGACGACUACAUCACAAGUUUCCCCGGCACAAAGGAAGAGGAGAUGGGCUUUCAGGACCUCGACGAUGAGUUGGGCGAGUAA